AUGAACGGCAAUGGCAGCAGCAGGGGACAUGUCAUCACGCACGGCACCGGCAGCACCACCGAUGUCGUCUCGCACGGCAACGGCAGCAGCAGUCACAUCGUCAUGCGUGGCCACGGCAGCACGGGGCAUCGGAGGCAGCUGCAGCUGGUGGGGCACGUGAAGGCCUUUGAAGCCGAGCUGCAGUACUACGUGCCUGUGCCCAUCAGGACUCACCGCGAGCGGGCUAACCUCCUCGUUGAGCCGCUAGGCUUCGAUUUCAACUCGUCCAAUCAGCAGCGAGUGCUGCUGCAUUACCUCGAGCACGACCCCAAGUGGGGCACUCUCGCCCAAUGCCGCGGCGACACCUGUCCCUCCAUGGCCUCCUGCGGUCCCCGCUUCCCGAACCUCCAAGCCUGCUUGAUCCCGAACCUAGUGGAGCCGGAAAUAUAUUGGCCUGAACCGCCCGUGAACUGCCCGAAGAGAAUCGAGAGGCGGUUGAAAGAGGAGGGGGUAGAGGGAGAGAAGGAGGGAAGGGGAGUAGGAGGGGGAGAGGGAGAGGAGGGAGGAAAGAGAAGACGACUAGGAGGGGGGGAAGGAGGAGGAGAAGGAGGAGGAGGAGGAGACGGAGGCGAGGGGUGGACAUCGAAGCACGUGUAUGAUGGGUACGACGAGUCGUGCUCGCAGAAGCAGGACUUCAGCCCACACUACCCGAGUGCCCCGCAGCUGAUGCAGCUGCAGCAUGUGUAUGUGACGGCCAAGGGGUCCGUGUUCAACCGCACUCACAACUUUGUGCGCCCAGGCUGCGGCCGCUUUAAUGAGAUAUCCUACUCAGCGCAGCAGCAGGUGCACGUGCUACCAGCAGCGUUCAGCUGGGCGUACUCGCAGGGCUUUAACUUCUACCACUUUAUUGUCGAGACCAUGCCUCUCUUCCUAGUGGCCGCGCCGCUGCUGCCUCGCAUCCUGCCAUCCAUCCCCAUCCUCGCUGAAGACAUGCAGUGGGACGCAUACAAGCGCUUCGGUGAGGUGCUGAUAGGAGUGAAGUACGGUGCAAUGCGGUCGCUGCCCCUUGUGAAGGCAGACCUCUUCCUCGUGCACACUCUCUACGAGGUCAGACUGUGGCAAUCCCUCCACGCUGCUCUGGCAAUCCCUCAGGCGAACCCACCUGCUGCACCCACUGGGGUUGCCUCUCUUCUUAACGCGCGAACCCACCUGCUGCACCCACUGGGGUUGCCUCUCUUCUUAACGCGACUGUGGCAAUCCCUCCACGCUGCUCUGGCAAUCCCUCAGGCGAACCCACCUGCUGCACCCACUGGGGUUGCCUCUCUUCUUAACGCACGCACCCACCUGCUCCACCCGCGCGGCCUGCCUCUCUUCCGCCCCGACUGGUCCUACCAACCACCACAGCCGCUGUCGCCCCAGCAGGCGCAGGCGCUGCCGCCCGACUGGGUGGUGGUGCUGGCGAAGCGCCUCUCUAAGAAGCGAUCCAUUAGUAACUUUAAGGAGGUGCAGGCGGUGGUGGAGCGGGCGUUUCCCAAGGAGAGAAUCGUGCUCUUCACUGGGUCCCUGACUGUUCUGGAAGGUACGAUUGUGUCUUUUGUCAUGAUCCUCUCCUUAGGAAAUGCCCUCUUCUUCAAGGCCGUGCAGGCGGUGGUGCAGCGGGCGUUUCCCAAGGAGAGAAUCGUGCUCUUCACUGGCUCGCUGACUGUACUGGAAGCUCACAACUUGUUCCGCCGCACACGUCUAUUCAUAGCGGGGCACGGGGCAGCGCUCACCAACCUGGUCUUCAUGCCCUCUCUUCUGGUACAAUACACCCUCACCCUCUGCCACUUCCCCCCCGCCUCUUUCCCUUUUUCAGCUCGCAACUUGUUCCGGCGAGCACGGCUCUUUAUAGCGGGGCACGGGGCAGCGCUCACCAACCUGGUCUUCAUGCCGGAAAGGGCAUCGCUCGUAUUCAACUAUGUUGGGCUGCGCACAGUGCGACGUGGUUAG